AUGACGAACUCCCCCGAUAAGACCACCGGCCAGUUCCACUCUACCAAGGGCACGAUUGUCGAGACCAUCGGCAACAUCACUGGCUCCACGGAAUGGCAGACUUCUGGCAAGCAGGAGCACGCUGCAGGCGAAGCCGAGUACAAGGCCGCACAGGCGCAGGGCUACGUUGAGGGCACCGUUGACCGCGCUGGCGGAUACACAGACAACGUCGUGGGCGCCCUUACUGGCGACAAGACCAAGCAAGCUGCCGGCGAAGCCCGCCGCGAGAAAGGCGAGCUGCAGCAGCGCGUUAACGAGCCCUGA